AGGAAGUGUUUGGGACAGAGGAAAUUUUAUUUUCGUGGUAAAUAAAAAAAAAGUUCCUCGUUUGUAACUCAUAUAACCCGAUGUGGUAUGUUUGCACGUCCACAUAACUUCCACCCCAGAGAGAGCGAGGCAAGCGUGUCUGUGUGCGAUAAUGUCUGCAGUUACUCUCGUGGAUCUCACACAUAUCCGCAGUUCAGAAUACGACAUCUGUGUGAAAAGGCGCAUCAGCAAGUUUUGUGCAUUGACAGGCAAUGGCUCACAGGAACCGGUCUUCGUCAUAGCGGAUCCAGAGAGCUCCGUGGGGACUGACAGAUUUCCAAGAAGCUCUGUUCUGGAGAUGUUUAUCGGUUUCAGCAAUUCCCCACAGGUCUUGUGCAAAAGCUCUCUUUCAGCCUCGUUAUACGCAUUCAAACAGGCUAUAGACAAAGAGGACAUUAGUCAUGUGAAGAUAAUAACCUCGAGUCACGGGAGAGCAUUGUUUCAGGUCUAUCAGGAGCUCCUCUUCACUUCUGCAUAUCAUUUUGAGUACAGUAUGAUAUUUGACAGUGUGUCCUGUGACUCGUGUCCCCUGGGUCUCUGCACAGACAUCAUCAGCACUCAGCAGGCAGCUGCCGCUAAACACCAGCUCUGCGCGUUUCUACAGCGCCUCCCAGUGGUCAAAGGAGAUAUUACACUUCUCAAGUCUUCAGUAAUUUCAGACUGCUUUGGUCAUGGCUUCACCACUCGGGCCGGAGGAAUCUCCUACAUCAACACCCUGAGCUCACUGAACCUCUUCUGUAACCCUCGGCGCAAAGACCCCAGAGUUGUGGUGUCCGAAAACCUGCGCCGGCUCGGCCUGCAGGCUGGCUUCAGCCCUCAGCAGUUCAACCUCAUAAAGUGCAAUCAUGCCAGUGACGUGUGGGUGAUGGGCAAACCGGCCCCCGACAGUUACGACGGGAUGGUGACCAAUCAGGUUGGAGUUGUCAUAGCAGCUCCAGGGGCCGAUUGCAUGCCGCUGCUCUUCACUGACCCCGUGAGAAAGGUCAUUGGAGUGGCACAUGCAGGCUGGAAGGGGACCCUAAUGGGAAUCGCCAUGGCAACAGUGAAAGCCAUGGUGUCGGAGUUUGGCAGCAGGCCUGAAGACAUUGUGUGUGUGAUCGGGCCUUCUGUUGGGCCAUGCUGCUUUACUCUGGAGAAAGAUUCGGCUAGAGAGUUUCAUGCCAUACACCCAGACUGUGUUAGAAACAUGGACUCAUCUACACCUUAUGUCGACAUCAGACUAGCAACCAGAAUUCUGCUGGAGAGAGGUGGGAUUACUCCUGCACACAUCGAGGACAUCAGGAUCCCACAUCUGUCUGAUUCCACACUGUGCACUUCAUGCCAUCCUGAAUUAUUCUUCUCCCAUGUAAGGGAUGGACUCAACUUUGGGACACAAAUUGGCUUUGUGUGGAUCAAAUAAUCCUGCAUUCACCGAGCUCUGAUUGAUUGUGCAAAAACAUUACAUCCACAUGUGUUUAUUCAAGAAAUGCAUCUAAAAACCAGUACAUACAUUUAUUAAUAUAAUAAAUGAAUUUGUAUGGGAUUACCA